GCCCACCCCGCAGAGCCGCCGCCUGGGAGCCCAGUUGCCGAGGAACUUUUCGCGGGCGCCGGGCCCCACUGAGGCCAGGGCGUGACGCGAACUCGCGGAGCGGCGGCGGCGGGCCGGGUGGGCCGCCGGGAGGAGGCGACUGCGCCAUGGACGAGCCACCCUUCAGCGAAGCGGCCUUGGAGCAGGCGCUGGCCGAGCCGAGCGAGCUGGACGCGGCGCUGCUGACCGACAUCGAAGACAUGCUUCAGCUUAUCAACAACCAAGACAGCGACUUCCCGGGCCUGUUCGAGCCGCCCUUCGCUGGGGGCGGAGCAGGGGGCACAGACCCCGCCAGUCCAGAUGCCAGCUCCCCAGGCAGCCUGUCCCCACCUCCUUCCACGAUGAACUCCCCACUCGAAGGCUUCCUGGGGGGGACCAAGGCGACAACCCCACCCUUGUCCCCUCCCCAGCCUGCACCCACCCCCCUGAAGAUGUACCCUUCCGUGCCUGCCUUCUCCGCGGGGCCUGCUAUCAAGGAGGAACCAGCGCCCCUGACCACCCUCCAGCCGCUGCCGGGGGCUCUCCUGCCCCAGCGCCUUCCGGCCCCAGCCCCACCGCAGUUCAGCUCUGCCCCUGUGUUGGGCUAUCCCAGCCCUCCUGGAGGCUUCUCCACAGGGACCCCCCCGGGGAGCACCGUGCAGUCGCUGCCUGGCCUGCCACUGGCUGCCCUGCCAGGGGUCCCGCCCGUCUCCUUGCACAACCAGGUCCAGAGUGCGGCUCCCCAGCAGCUGUUGACGGCCACAGCCACCCCGACGGUGGCCCCUGGAACAACCACUGUGACCUCACAGGUCCAGCAGGUCCCGGUCCUGCUGCAGCCCCACUUCAUCAAGGCAGACUCGCUGCUCCUGACGACUGUGAAAACAGACGUGGGAGCCCCCAUGAAGGCGGCAGGCAUCAGCUCCCUGGCCCCUGGCAUGGCUGUGCAGGCAGCGCCCUUGCAGACCCUGGUGAGUGGCGGAACCAUCCUGGCGACUGUGCCGCUGGUAGUGGACGCUGACAAGCUGCCCAUCAACCGGCUGGCAGCCAGUGGCAAGGCCCCGGGCUCGGCCCAGAGCCGAGGUGAGAAGCGUACGGCCCACAAUGCCAUUGAGAAACGCUACCGCUCUUCCAUCAAUGACAAGAUCGUCGAGCUCAAGGACCUGGUGGUGGGCACAGAGGCCAAGCUGAAUAAAUCCGCUGUCUUGCGCAAGGCCAUCGACUACAUCCGCUUCCUUCAGCAGGGCAACCAGAGACUCAAGCAGGAGAACCUGAGUCUGCGCACAGCUGCCCACAAAAGCAAAUCUCUGAAGGACCUGGUGUCAGCCUGCGGCAGUGGAGGCCACACAGACGUGCCCGUGGAGGGCGAGAAGCCAGAGGUGGUGGACACCCUGAGCCCACCACCCUCAGACGCCGGCUCGCCCUUCCAGCGCAGCCCACUGUCCCUUGGCAGCAGGGGCAGUAGCAGUGGUGGCAGUGGCAGUGACUCGGAGCCUGACAGCCCAGUCUUUGAGGACAGCCAGGUGAAGCCAGAGCAGCUGCCGCCCCCCCACAGCCGGGGCAUGCUGGACCGCUCCCGCCUGGCCCUGUGUGUGCUUGUCUUCCUCUGUCUCUCCUGCAACCCCUUGGCCUCCCUGCUGGGCAGCCGGGGUCCCGCUGGCCCCUCCGAUGCCACCAGCGUCUACCAUGGUCCUGGGCGCAGCAUGCUGGGUGCUGAGGGCAGAGAUGGCGUUGGCUGGGCCCCGUGGCUGCUGCCUCCACUGCUCUGGCUGAUGAACGGGCUGCUGGUGCUGUUCUCCUUGGCACUUCUCUUUGUCUACGGAGAGCCGGUCACGCGGCCCCACUCAGGCCCCGCCGUGCACUUCUGGAGGCAUCGCAAGCAGGCUGACCUGGACCUGGCCCGGGGGGACUUUGCCCAGGCCGCCCAGCAGCUGUGGCUGGCCCUGCGGGCCCUGGGCCGGCCCCUGCCCACCUCCCACCUGGACCUGGCCUGCAGCCUGCUCUGGAGCCUGAUCCGCCACCUGCUGCAGCAUCUCUGGGUGGGCCGCUGGCUGGCAGGCCGGGCGGGGGGCCUGCGGAGGGAUGGUGCCCUGCAGGUGGACGCCCGCACCAGUGCCCGCGAUGCGGCCCUUGUCUACCACAAGCUGCACCAGCUGCACACCAUGGGGAAGUACUCGGGCGGGCACCUGGCUGCCGCCAACCUGGCACUGAGUGCCCUGAACCUGGCCGAGUGCGCGGGGGAGGCCAUGUCCGUGGCCACUCUGGCUGAGAUCUAUGUGGCCACCGCGCUCAGGGUCAAGACCAGUCUCCCCCGGGCCUUGCAUUUUCUGACGCGCUUCUUCCUGAGUAGUGCCCGCCAGGCCUCCCUGGCACAGAGCGGCUCAAUGCCUCUUGCCAUGCAGUGGCUCUGCCACCCUAUGGGCCACCGUUUCUUCGUGGAUGGGGACUGGGCCGUGUGCAGCGCUCCGCGGGACAGCUUGUACAGCAUGGCCGGGAGCCCAGUGGACCCCCUGGCCCACGUGACUCAGCUCUUCCGUGAACAUCUCUUGGAGCGAGCGCUGCAUUGCCUGGCCCAGCCCAGCCCCGGCCCCGGGUCAGCCGAUGGGGACAGGGAAUUCUCCGAUGCCCUCGGGUACCUGCAGCUGCUGAACAGCUGUUCUGACGUGGCCGGGGCUCCUGCCUGCAGCUUUUCCAUCGGCUCCAGCAUGGCUGCCACCGCCGGCACAGACCCGGUGGCCAAGUGGUGGGCCUCGCUGACGGCUGUGGUGACUCACUGGCUCCGGCGGGAUGAGGCGGCGGCCGAGCGGCUGUAUCCACUGGUGGAGCACCUGCCCCGCGCCCUGCAGGAGUCCGAGAGAUCCCUGCCCAGGGCGGCUCUGCACACCUUCAAGGCUGCCCGGGCCCUGCUGGGCCGUGGGAAGGCGGAGUCUGGCCCGGCCAGCCUGGCUGUGUGUGAGAAAGCCAGUGGGUACCUUCAGGACAGCCUGGCCGCUACGCCAGCCGGCAGCUCCAUUGACAAGGUCAUGCAGCUGCUCCUGUGUGACCUGCUCCUUGUGGCGCGCACCAGCCUGUGGCAGCGGCAGAAGCCGCCGGCACCCUCCCAGGCCUCACCGGGCCCGGGCAGUGGGGCCCAGGCCUCUGCCCUCGAGCUCCGUGGCUUCCAGAGGGACCUGAGUGGCCUGAGGCGUCUGGCGCAGAGUUUCCGGCCUGCCAUGCGGAGGGUGUUCCUACAUGAAGCCACUGCCCGGCUGAUGGCAGGGGCCAGCCCGGCGCGGACACACCAGCUCCUGGACCGCAGCCUGAGGAGGAGGGCCGGCCCCUGCGGCAAAGGAGGCACGGCGGCGGAGCUGGAGCCGCGGCCCACGAGGCGGGAGCACGCGGAGGCGUUGCUCCUGGCUUCCUGCUACCUGCCGCCCGGCUUCCUGUCGGCGCCUGGGCAGCGAGUGGGCAUGCUGGCCGAGGCGGCACGCACGCUCGAGAAGCUCGGUGACCGCCGGCUGCUGCAUGACUGCCAGCAGAUGCUCAUGCGCCUGGGCGGCGGGACCACCGUAACCUCCAGCUAGACCCCCGCUGGCGGCCCAGCCCCAGCGCCCCUGUUUCUGUCUCGACGGCCGAGGGCAGCGCCGGAGACCCGGGACCCAAGGCUCGCCCACGGAGUGCACGGUCCCUGGCGGGCUGGAGACCCUCGGGGACUAUCGCACUUGACCUUGGGGGCCUCCCCAGCCCGCUCCAGCACUCGAUGAGCGGCGGCCAGGAUGGUGCUGGCCCCUGGUGGCCGGCCGGGGGAUUGCCGGGGCCUGGCCGCCGCCGGGGGUCAACUGUUCCGCGGGCCGCCAAUCCUGGGCUUUCCCUCUCCGUCCAGAGGGAAGAGGGGUGCGUUUCACUGAGCCGAAGGGCCCUGCCCCCGGCGCCUCCUUCCCAUCUGGGGAGACCUGUGCAUAGUGUAGAUCGUGGUGCGCCAGCCUCCUGGCCUCUGAGGUUCCAAGUGUUACUUUGCCUUUUGCAAACUUUAUUUUCAUAGGUUGAGAAGUUUUAUACAGAGAAUAAAAAAUGAACUUAUUUAUAA